CGCCCCGGCUCUCGCCUUGGCCCAGGCGGCACCGCAGAGCCGCGCUGCGGCCGGUGAUCGGAGCCGGGAGACCAUCUUACCGCGGCGCCAGGCAGUGGGGAGGCGAGACGGAGGGGCAGCCUCUUCGGGACUAACUCAUGAAGAACAAGGGUGCCAAGCAGAAGCUGAAACGCAAGGGAGCCGCCAGCGCGUUCGGCUGUGACCUGACGGAGUAUCUGGAAAGCUCGGGACAGGAUGUUCCAUAUGUAUUGAAGAGCUGUGCAGAAUUUAUAGAGACUCAUGGGAUUGUGGAUGGAAUCUAUCGGCUUUCUGGAGUCACCUCAAACAUUCAACGGCUAAGGCAAGAGUUUGGCUCAGAUCAAUGUCCAGACCUGACAAGGGAAGUGUACCUCCAGGACAUCCACUGUGUGGGCUCACUCUGCAAACUCUACUUUAGGGAGCUGCCCAACCCCCUCCUGACUUACGAACUCUAUGAGAAAUUCACGGAGGCUGUGUCACAUUGCCCGGAAGAAGGCCGACUGGCCCGAAUCCAAAAUGUUAUCCAGGAACUUCCCCCAUCCCAUUAUAGGACCCUGGAAUACCUGAUCCGACACCUGGCACACAUCGCCUCCUUCAGCAGCCAGACCAACAUGCAUGCCAGGAACCUGGCUCUGGUGUGGGCUCCAAACCUCCUCAGGUCUAAAGAAAUCGAAGCCACUGGUUUCAAUGGUGAUGCAGCCUUCCUUGCAGUCCGGGUCCAGCAGGUGGUGAUUGAGUUCAUAUUGAAUCAUGUGGAUCAAAUCUUUAAUAGCGGUGCACCAAGUUCUGUGGAGAAUGAUGAAAACCGACCCAUCAUGAAGAGCCUGACCCUGCCAGCCCUUUCCCUGCCCAUGAAGUUGGUGAGCCUGGAGGAAGCUCAGGCCCGCAGCCUGGCUACCAACCAUCCUGCUCGGAAGGAAAGGAGGGAGAACAGCCUGCCUGAGAUUGUCCCCCCCAUGGGCACCCUCUUCCACACUGUCCUUGAGUUACCAGACAACAAGAGAAAGCUUUCCAGUAAAUCAAAGAAGUGGAAAUCGAUAUUUAACCUGGGACGUUCUGGAUCAGACUCCAAAUCAAAGCUGAGUAGAAAUGGGAGCGUGUUUGUGAGAGGGCAGCGGCUCUCAGUGGAAAAGGCUACUAUCCGACCAGCUAAAAGCAUGGACUCCCUGUGUUCGGUGCCUGUUGAAGGAAAAGAAACCAAAGGAAAUUUCAAUCGAACAGUCACCACUGGUGGAUUUUUCAUUCCAGCAACGAAAAUGCACGGGACCAGCACUGGUAGUUCAUGCGACCUCAGCAAGCAGGAGGGCGAAUGGGGCCACGAGGGGAUGCUGGCAGGGGCAGAGGGGGGCGUUGACGUGAGCAGUGACCGAAGCCAACUCCAGGGUGCGCAGGCCCGGCCCCCGCCGGAGCAGCUGAAGGUGUUCCGGCCUGCCGAGGAUCCCGAGAGCGAGCAAACAGCCCCAAAGAUGCUGGGUAUGUUCUACACCUCAAACGACAGCCCCAGCAAGUCGGUUUUCACUAGCAGCCUCUUCCAGGUGGAGCCCUCACCACGCCACCAGCGCAAGGCGCUGAACAUCUCCGAGCCCUUCGCCGUGUCCGUGCCGCUCCGCGUGUCAGCCGUCAUCAGCACCAACAGCACCCCCUGCAGGACACCCCCAAAGGAGCUGCAGUCCCUUUCCAGCCUGGAGGAGUUUUCUUUCCAGGGGUCCGAGGGCGGAGGCUGGCCCGAAGAGGAGAAGCCUCUGGGAGCCGAGUCUUCUCCAGCAGCCGUCCCCAAGAAGGCAGCUCACGAGGAUGCCAAGGCAGUGGCUGAAGCCGCAGCGACACCGGAGUGCAGCCAAGGCCCUUCCCUGGAGCCAGGCCCCCAGCUGGAGGAGAAGACCUUGGAAAUCUUGCUGGGCUCUCAACAUUCAAGGGAACCGGAGAAGGGACCGAAUGCAGAGAAGGUGGUGGAGGACGCCCAGGAGGCUGGCUGGAAGGAGCCGGAGAGCCCCAGGGCCAGGGCUGAAGCCGUGUUUCUCCAUGAGAUGGAUGAAGACGAUCUCACCCAUGCCCUCAUCUGGCCCGAGAUUCAACAGGAGCUGAAAAUCAUUGAAUCGGAGGAGGAGCUCUCCUCAUUGCCACCUCCUGCUCUGAGGAUCAGCGCAAUGCAGCCAAGUUUUGAGUCAAAGGCAGGCCCUUUUGCUUCCUCGGAACCUCCUCGGGGGUUGUCUUGUGGGCCCACUCCUGAUCCAGCCUCUGCCCCUCCAGAGGAGUGGACAAGGGACCCACGCAGUGAGAGCACACAGGGGGCUUCCACAGCAGCCAGUGGGGAGACACCAGAGCCCACCAGCGGCCUCCAGAGAUCCAAACCAGAACAAGGCGUGCGUCUAGAUCCUGCCAGGCUAGCUCCUCUGGAAAUCAUGACAUUUGAGAUGGGGCCUCCACAAGCAAAGGCAGAGGUGAGAGGCCCAGGGAACCUGUCCCCUCCACUCCCACCUGCUCCUCCCCCACCGACUCCUCUGGAGGAGGCACCCGGAGGCCUGCUGGCAAAGGAUGGCCCCGAGAGAGAAGCCUCGUCCAGGGAUCUGAGGACAAAGCCCUCUCAAGCUCAGCUGGAGUGCAAAGACAGCUCUGGGCUCCCUCACUUCUGCCAAGCACGUGAGGCUGCUCCAAGACAAAGUGAACAGCAACAUUCAAAGGAUGCUGCUGCCGCCGCCGAGGGAACGGGCUCUGCUUUGCCAAGCCCAACAAAGGAGGCUGAGAUGGCCACCCAAGGGGAAGGCGACGGAGCCCACUCCCUGCAGGAGCCUUCGGACUGUGAUGAAGAUGACACCAUGUCCGAUUCUGCGCAGCAUGGCCUGGAGAUGGUGGAGCCAUGGGAGGAGCCCCAGUGGGUGACAAGUCCCCUUCACUCUCCCACCCUGAAGGAUGUGCAGGAGGCGCAGGUGCAGGGCCCCCAGGGCCCCCGGCUGGAGAAGAGGCUUUCCCACAGGCCCAGCCUUCGCCAGAGCCAUUCCCUAGACAGCAAAAGCACGGGGAAGAGCCAGUGGACUCCCAAGGUUCCCUCUUCCAGUAGUUGUGCCAAUCUGGAGACACAGAGGAAUUCUGACCCUCUGCAGCCCCUGGCACCCAGGAGCGAGGUUUCGCGGUGGGAUGAGAAAGCCCUAAAGUCCUUCAGAGAGUUUUCUAGCCAGAAAGGGAGAGAGGCUGUUCCCAGUCAAAAGGGACCAGGUGGUGGUGGUGUGCAACCUGCACUGGCAGCAGCCGGCCCCGCCAGCCCAGCAGAGGGCCAGGAGCUGCGAACACAGGUGGAGCCCAGCGAUGCUCAGAGUAAGCAGGGCGGUGGUUCUAGGCCAGAGAGCAGCAAGGAGAGCUCCCCCAGCGGGCAGGACAGCAGCCCACCUGCAGAACACUCCCCAAAGUUACAGCUGAAGAGCCCCGAGUGUGGACCCCCGAAAGGGAAAAAUAGGCCUUCUUCCCUCAACUUGGACUCCGCCCUUCCCAUAGCUGACCUCUUCCGGCUUGAGAAUGCCGCCUCCUUCAGUUCACCUGGGGUGCAGCUCUCGGAGCGGGGAGAGCCAAAGGCCACGUGGAUGGCCUCACCUCACUGUAAAGCAGACCCCUGGAAGAUUUCUCCCCAGGACCCCCAGGACCUCGACCUUGUCGCCCAUGCCCUGACAGGUCGCCGUAACUCAGCUCCUGUGAGUGUGUCAGCCGUGAGAACCUCCUUCAUGGUCAAAAUGUGCCAGGCCAGGGCAGUCCCAGUCAUCCCACCCAAGAUUCAGUACACACAGAUCCCACAGCCGCUGCCCUCCCAGAGCUCCGGAGAGGGUGUGGCUCAGCCUCUGGAGAAGAGUCGAGAGGAACCCAGCUCCCCCCGUGGCCUGUCUCACAACCCUGCCAAAGGUGAACCCCCCACCUCCCCGGAAAGCCCGAAGGAAGAGAAACCAGAGCAGGAUCUGGGCGCUGUCAAGUCCACACCGGCAGACGCGAGUGUGUCUUGCGUAUGCGAGGGACCCACGCUUCCGCCAGACCCAGAUGUGCCUAACCUGCUCUCCACCCACGAUGCCACAGUGCAAUGCAGGAAGCGCACAUCAGAGACUGAGCCAUCUGGGGACAACCUUCUUUCAUCAAAAAUAGAGCGGCCCUCUGGAAGUUCUAAGCCUUUCCACAGGUCAAGGCCAGGAAGACCUCAGAGCCUGAUCUUAUUCAGUCCUCCUUUCCCCAUUAUGGACCACCUGCCCCCGUCAUCCACAGUGACAGAUUCCAAAGUCCUGCUGUCCCCCAUCCGAAGUCCUACCCAGACAGUCUCCCCUGGCCUUCUUUGUGGGGAGUUGGCAGAAAACACGUGGGUGACACCAGAAGGGGUUACACUUAGGAAUAAAAUGACCAUCCCUAAGAAUGGCCAGAGACUAGAGACCUCAACCAGCUGUUUUUACCAGCCGCAGCGGAGAUCGGUGAUCCUGGACGGAAGAAGUGGCAGGCAGAUAGAAUGACAUCAGUUCACCUGCUGGUUUGUGGACACAAAUCAUCAAUCACCUGGAAGCCAACUUGCCUUUUCCAGGUGCAGGUUAUCCAAGUUUGGGGAUUAUUUUGUGCUCUGGCUUCUCGUUUGUUUUUUUUUUUUUUUUUUUUUCUUCCUUUAGACCAUUUAUUAAGUAGUCCAUUUUCCACAAAAGUGGUCAAGGAAAGGACCAAGAGAUGGAAUGUAGCUAAGUCUGUAUGAGCAAAUGGGAAAGGUUAGGAGAGGGAGGAAGAUGGAAUGCUUGCUCCCCUAUUGCCAUUGUGUAUCACUGGUGAGAGCUGGCUGUCUUAUAUCCUUUGAGAGACAGAAAAAUCCUUUGUCUGUGUCAGCUACUGAGGUUUGAAGGCCUUUAAUGCUGUUUAAAUCAUGUACACUUGUGCCAUCCCAAACGGAAGCAGAUUGGAGAUGCAAACAAAUGCAUGUCUAGAUGCCCCUAUGGGUGAAAUUACCCAUCAUGCUCUUUCCCUGAAAUCCCUUCAGUCCUGUCCAGGAUGACUCCAUCCGUCAGCACAAAACAUCGGAAUCUAUCCCCAAGUGUAAACUCGAGACAGGCACAAUCCAAGAUGACCUUCUGGCUCUAGCUUAUUAAUUGGGACUCCAACUGCCACCAUACAGAACUCUGAUUUGUAAAUCCACUGACUGGGCAGAGUGGAAGCUGAGCUGAGGAUCACCUGGGUGAGGGGCACCUUCAGUGGGGUGUGCAGUAGCGACGUGAGAGCAUCUGCUGUCUUUAUAUCAGAGUGCGAGAACAGGAUGUCGUAGGACAAAGCCUCACACAGAAGCAGAACUGAAGUUGGUGUUGAAAUUGGUGGGGCAUUAGCAGAAAACAUUUCUGGCUCAGCCGCACUCUUCUUCCACCCAAGGCGGGGCCCAGCUUGCCAGGAGAGGAUGAGGGGAGGAGCCCUGGCACCGUGGCCGUCACUGCCACUCCGUGGGAGCUGCCCUUCUCGAGAAUGUAUUUCAUGUUAGCCAGUGGACCCCUUCCUUGCUCUCUCUCCCUCCAUUGCUCAGGAGCAGAUCUGAGGCAUCCCUCUCCCCUCCGUGACUCAUCUUCUCCCCCCGCCCACCUCAUGCAUUCAAACCUGCCCCUCUCUUGUCUGUACUCUCAGAGAAACAGUAAGCCAAUUUCAUUGUCUUGCAGUUAUUUGGAACUUUCAAUGGUUCUUCCCUUUCCAGCUGGAGAGAUGAACAACUAAUAUACCUGCUGGUAGAUUUUUCAGUGCUCCCACUGAAGACUUCACGAGGUACCCCUUCUCAAGUUCAAGUUCGGUUGAAUUCUGUCCAGAGGCUCAAUCAUUGCAGAAAGUUCUCUUGGGCUAGCAGUACCCCCUGGGCAAACCUCAGCCAGUACUGGUGGGGCUGGGCUGGACUUUCCUCCUUCAAUGAGAAAUUGGAAACUGAUGUCCUGCAUCAGAUACAGAUUGCUUCCUGUCUCCCUACUAAGCAUAUAGCCAGUUCUGAAAUCUUGUUCUACACCUUUUAAGCCAGUUUCUGUAACAAGGGCAACUGGCCAGUCAGCUGAUGCUUUCUGCCUUCAGAUAGAGAACUGUGUGAGCAAGAGGAGCCAUUAAUAGUUCAGUGGUUUUGCAUUCUCAUUGGGUAAGCAAGACAUUGGACCAACAGCCAAUGAGAUGUCAAUCCCUAAGGAAAGUCCUAGAACACAGCAUUUUCCCAAGGCAAGCAAGGCGAAGAAAUGUAGUGGUGACAGACGAUUGAAAGGCCAUGCUCCACAGAUUCGAGAAGUACAUUCCUGCCUUAUCAGAAAAUGUACAGAUAAACUUUAUGUUGGUCUCAGCGCUCUUGCUCUCGAGGUGUCUGUACUCUGAUAAGGUCCAUGUCCCAGCUAGAAUGUGAGAGGGAAAGACUGCACUUUGCUUCACUAUCAGAACUCUGAGCCAAAUAAUGAGAUAUUUAAGCUAUCUUAUAAUUAUUUUAAAUUUUUGUUUAUAACACUUAUAGGAUAUAUUUUUAUCUGGGGAUAGACUGAGAAGCCACCAUUUACAGGUCAACAGGUGGUUUUAACUCUAAGGGUAGAAGCACCCAUUAAGUUUAUAAAAUGGCUGCCAUGUUCCUUGAGACUGACACCUUUCAUUUACAGCCUCACCUGCAGGAGUGUAGGGGUGCGGAUGACACGAGGAGACACACCAACACCGUCUGGAGCUAUCCCCUACUCUGGACUUUCCUAGCUGGUCAGGUCCAGAAAGUCUCGGAAGCUGACUCAGCAGUGUCUUGGUGGCUGUCAUUCCUUUUACUGUCUUCCAGAGGGUCAGUGUCACAAACGUAUUUAUAAACUUCCUGUGGGCGGGGCUAGUCUGGCGCUGAUAAAAUUCCAUUCCAUCAUAAAGAAAACUCCUAUCUCCCCCACCCCAAGUGUUUGCCAAGAUACCUUGGAAUUACCGAUUUGGUCACCAUUUUGAGACUCUGACCCUCUGGAGAAUGGCUGGAUGGGAAUCAGAGGGCCUGCUUCCACCCAUGGAAGGACCAGAACAGGUGCUGUCAAUUCCAAGGUCUACCUAAAGCUCUAGAAGGGGCUGGAGAAUCCAACUUCCAACUAUCAGACCUCAAAACAGGGGUGCUGGUUUUAAGUGUUGAAUCUGAAGUGAAAUGCAUACAUAUACCGGUGUUUUCCUCUAGUGUUAACAGUUGCUUAAGAAGAUAGUAUCCUAUAUUUAUUAGCAAAACAACCCUCUUGGGUCAAUUUUUUUUUUUCCUUGAGAGUGGACCAGAUAGAGGGUAUUCGGUUUUUACUCUCUGCUUCACUUGGAAUAGAAGCAAACCCUAUUAACAUACUGUAAGCCUAAUAUAGGUCCUAAAAACUAAAAAUAUAGUGCAAGUUAGAAUUCUAGAUUUGGGGGACAUUCAAAACAUAAACACCAUCAUCCUCAAAUAUUUAUCAAGAGCUUAGUAACAAUGCAUUGGGCACCUUGGUACUUAUUCCUCAGUCCUUGACUAGUCCAGUAAAAAGGAGAGGGAUGGUAAUAAAUGAGAGAGCCCAUAAUCAAGAGAGAACAAGCUUUAGAACUGUUAAGUUACCAAACCAAGGCAGAGGGGGAAAACAGCAAGUAACAUCUUUUAAUAAGAUUGCUAAUGGCAUGCAAGUGACUACUGACUUUAAUCCAUUUAAACACAAGUGGAAAUCUGAGAAAGGAGACCAGUGAGACACUCGGGUGUUGAGAUCUAAAGAAUUAGAGAGCCACAAUGAAGCUAGAGUAAGUAAUUCUGAGAUUUUGUGUGGCCCAAGUGGAUUUUGCAGUGAAGUCCUGUUGGAUCCUUGCCAAUGAGCCAGGUAAGAUUGGCAUUCCAUACUGCUUGAGAGGGGAUUCAAGAGACUUCUGUUAUCACAAAACGUGUCCAUUCCUGUUGAUGACGAAGUCAUAGGUCCAAUAAACUAUUUACUUCAUGGAUAAGGUUUAGCAUAUAAUAAUUACAUUUCACUGAAAUUGGGUGGCAGAAUCAUUUGUGCAGGGUCCUGUGUGACGGACUGGGGAACCUAAGAUUCAUUUGUCUGGAAUCAGAGUAAAGUUUAAGGUCGAUCUAAUUCUCACCAGGAUUGAUUAGAAUCACACUCUACCAAAGUGGGCCCUAUCUGCUGACAUGAAUAUUGGGGUAAAAUGUUGCCAGGAGUAUGACUUUAGACACUUCCAACAGGAAGAUCAGCUCAAAGUAUGGCAUGACAAAGAAUGCAUCUUCCUUUACCAACACCUUCCCUAGCAAAAUAAGGCCACAAGAGGGCGCAAACACCUUCCCAAGCACGGAGGCAAGGGGGAGAUGGUAGAAGUGUGGCUGCCGGAGAUCGGUGCCAGUCCAGAUAGGGCAAAAUUGGGGGCCGCACACAUGGAUGGGUACAGAGUAGGUCGUUAGUAACCUGGAGGUGCAUGAGAAAUGCAGGAAUUCUCUAAGAGAGUGAAGGAAAAGUCCACAGCCAUGUGUUUUGCGGAUGAGUAACAAUGCUUUGCAAUAAGUUAAUGCCAUAAUAUUUUAAGGCUUAUAAUUCUGCCAAGUAAAGCACUUUUCAAAGGAGUCUGUUAGAAAGCCACAUGAUUUCAGCUGUUUUUGUUUUUGUUUUUUUUUUUAGCUCUACAUGUUUCCAAAGAUGUAAUCAAAAUGUUUUUUCUAUUGAUUAUAAAAGUAUAAAUAAAUAUUAAGCCUAUCCAUAGAGACAUUUAAAUGUAAUUAAAAGAUUGUUAUGCUUUAAAAAUGUACUCUAAUAAAUGAUGUAAAAUGCAGUGCUUAUGCUGGACCUCUGAGCUAGAGGAGGACAAGUCCUAUCAGGAAAGUAGAUUUUAUGCUUCAGACUCAUCGUUCUAGUUCUGUUUGAUGUCAUUUUUGUGUUGCUGUUGUUGUUACUUCGUUUGGUCUCACAGCAAAAUCUGCUUUAGUAAACUUGUUAUUUU